UAGGAGUCAUGAUGCAAGAAGCCAGCAGCCCGCGGCGUAAGAAACCGCUCUCGCCGACCUUUGACACCAUGGAAGAUGAUAAGAGCGCCAUCGCUGGUCUCAACCUGCGGAGCGCUCCCAUGGACAAACUAGCCAAUACCUGCGUGGAUUGCUUUGAUGAGCAUGGUUCGUUAGUGGAGGAGACGGCAUUUCCGAGGGUCCUGUUUCUCAUGCACAAAUGGAUCAUGACAUCAGAAGAACUGGGAAAGCAGUUCAAGAUUCUAUAUCAGAGUUGCUCCAAGGCAUCGUGCACUAGGAAAUCUUGCUCACAUUCUGCAGAAGACAACGAAUGCCAUGUCAAUGCCAAGAAGAGGAGGAUAUGCCAUGCAUUAAAGUUCUGGAUUAAUAAUUUCCCCAUGCACUUUGACCUGGACAAGGGCCUGGCAGGGGUCAUGAGUCAACUCCAGAAAAUCAUCCAAUCAGAAGGGAACACACAACUUAAACAAGUUGUUGAUAUUUCAAAUGUGCCAUCGUAUGACUGGAUGAGGGUGAUAUCCGUAAGGAACCCAUCGGUACGGACCAAUAGGAAGGUCUCACUGGUCUUCAAUCAUCUAGAACCCAAGGAGCUGGCGGACCAUCUCACAUUCCUGGAAUAUAAGAUCUUCAGAAGAUUAAAUUUUGCUGACCUGAAGAGUUACGCCCUUUCUGGUCAGCUGAAGGACAACUUAAAGCUGGAGCGGUCCAUUGGUCUCUUCAAUGGCCUUUCACUGUGGAUAGAAUGCAUGGUACUAAGUAGACACACUCCCAAGCAGAGGGCAGAGGUCAUUACAAAGUUCGUACAUGUGGCAAAGAGGUUACGGCAGCUGAAUAAUUUCAAUACCUUGAUGGCUGUGGUAGGAGGUCUGAGUCACAGCUCCCUGGCAAGGUUACGCCAGACGACUGCUCAUGUCUCGUCAGAAACGCAGAAAAUCAGCACAGAGUUGUCGGAAAUGUUAUCAUCUGCAAGUAACUUUAGCAACUAUCGCAAGGCUCUAGCAGAGGCCAGAGGAUUCAAGAUUCCAAUCUUAGGGGUGCAUUUGAAGGACCUGAUCCUCCUCCACACGGCGCUCCAGGACAAGACGGAAGACGGUCACAUCAACAUGCGUAAGAUGGCCCAGCUCUCUCUGACCUUCGUUGAGCUGAUGCAGCUACAGAACUGCAAACCACCCCUAGCAGCCAACAUGGACCUUGUCAACAUGCUCAGGGCUUCGUUGGAUCUACAGUACACAGAGGAUGAGAUCUAUGAGCUAUCCCUGGCAAGAGAACCAAGAAAUUCAACCAGUACUCCCCCUACUCCCACCAAGCCAGCCGUGUUUGCGGAGUGGGCAGCCGGUGUGGUGCGGCAUGCUGACCAAGAAUCCAUCGCCAAACAUGUGACUGCUAUGGUAGAGGCUGUGUUCAAGAAUUAUGACUUGGAUAAGGAUGGUUACAUCACAUACACUGAGUUCCAGAGUAUAGCGACCAGCAACUUCCCCUUCAUGGGCUCAUUCUGUGUACUGGAUGCAGAUCGGGAUGGCCUGAUCAGCAAGCAGGAGAUGCAGUCGUACUUUGUGCGAGCCCACAGCCUGGCUCUCAGCACCAGCUUCAAGCAUAACUUCAGCGUUCACACCUACUUCAGCCCGACCUUUUGCGUCCACUGCACCGGCCUCCUCUGGGGCCUCAUCAAGCAGGGCCACAAGUGCAAGAUCUGCGGCGUCAACGCCCACAAGCACUGCAAGGAGAGGGUGGUCAUGGAGUGCAGGAGCAAGAAGUCUCUAGGUCUUAACGGCAGCAUGAUCUUGUCGUCGACUGGCACUCAGUCGCCUACCGGGAGCUCCCUGCAACGGAGGCAUACUAUGGAUGGUGGAGGAGGUCCUUUUGUCAAUGGCAUGAAUGGCAUGAAUGGGCUUAAUGGGCAUAAGGAGACCAAUGGCACAGGUAAAACUAAGAACAUGUCAUGGGAGGACAAGAGACGCAUCUCACUCCGGCAGAAGACAUGCCUGAUCGAGACCGCCACCCAGACCGAAGACCUCAUCCCAAACACCCCUCCAGACUCGGACAAGGAGUCGGAAGAACAAGACAUCGAGGUCGACCAGGUGCACGACCAGGGGCACGACCAUGGGGGAAUCAUAUGCGAUGGACGGAGGUUGAGUGAACUCAGUGAGGACGAGAGCACAAGUAGUUUUGGCGAUCACGGGAGCACGGCAGGAAGCGACUCGAGCGUGUUCUUGAGGUCGCCCAAACCCGGCAUGAAAGAUAAAUUGAUAAUGGCUGAAAGGGACCGUGAUUCGCUGCUGGUUGAAAACAACCGACUGAAAGUAGAGAUGAAAGGCAUCGCUGACAAGAACCAUCAGCUGGAGCACCACCUAGAGAUGAUCAAGAGACAUACGGUGUCAUUUAUCAUCGACCAGAUGGACUCACUUCAUGUGCAGAAAGACACUACUGUGUAGGGGUGGUUACAAUGCCAGGACAAACAACCAUUAAUGUUUGGAAUACUAUAUUAACAAAAGGACACUACUGUCUAGCAGCGGUAUCCGCAUCGGGACGUGCCAUCAACGUUUGGAAUGCUAACAGAGAGCUUGAAAUCCCCUUGAGAACUGGUUAUGAACAAAUGCCAGUUGCACCAGAAUAUAAUUUUGAUAUCUUGUGUUGAACUUGCCCCAACCAUGUAUGGAAAGGCUUGAAUUGGAAAGAGGUUUUAUUCUUAUCAGGACUGGAAGGAGUGUCAUAAGAAAGGUGCUCUGUAGCGCUGGGAAGAUUUGUCGCAGCUAAGGAAACAUUCUCUGAAGUAACAGAUCAUCUAUUUUUUAUUUAUGUAAAGAUUCUGUUAUUCUCACGAAUGGAUGUAUCAGCCCGUGGAAAAAGAUUUUUGAUUUGGAAACGCAAACAUAUUUUUGUUACCUUGGAAUAAGGAUUGGAAACAUUGGAUUCAUCUUAGUUGCAUUUUGAAGGUCUUCCUGCUAUGUAAAGAAAAGUGCAAGUGAACCUUGCAACCCAGACAGUCCUUGAAGACAUUCUUAUCGGAGCCUUUGUCUAUGUCACUUAAGGGCAUCUUUUCAAUAUUUUUACCAGUUUUGUUUGUAAAUGAGGCAAAGUGAAGACAGUUUUUUCUUUCUUGGAAUUGUGGAGAGUUUUCUUAAGAGACUUCUUCAGAUUGCACAAAUUUUUGCUACUACUUGAGGCAAAUGGCUGAUCAUGAUGCAACGAUGACAACACAGAAACUAAAACAGAAACUCGACAGGGGACCAUGUUGAGAGAGACAGAUCCUAUCUAUUGGAUAUUCAUAGACAGAGGCCUGCCACUACCUGUGCCAUAGAUCAUUGCAGACUCCUUAGAUCUGUCUACAAGGCAUGCACCAACACUUGCUACAACAAGACGUACCAAUCGAUAUUGCAAAAGCAAAUAAGAUUGACCGGCAAAGACAUUUUGCCGUGACAUGGCUAUAAAACAUGGUGUAUUUCUACCAAGACACAAAUUUAUCUUAUGCAUAUUCUACGAUGCCUUGUACAUUAGAUGACUGUAGCAUUCAUUGCCCUAUCAAGAUGGCUGAGCUGUGACAUAUCUUUACCAAGUGCUUUGUAAAACAGAAACAGAGGACGAUUAGCCGAGCCAUCCUGACUGCAUUCUGCUAUUGCCACUGAGUAAUAGUGAAAGAGACAAAAGAUGUUGUUCAAAUUUCCAGUACCUUACAACUGCAACUCAACGCUGCAGAGACAGAACAUCUACUGAGAGCCAGUGAGGCAUUACCAACGAACAAAGCCCUUCUUGCUCUCAGCGGCAAAUAUGUUUCCGAAGUGGAGGAACUGGAUUUGUAGUAUCUUACAACAGCUACUAGUGGCCUGCAUAGCGCCAGAAGGAUGUCAACUCAUCAUGAUCUGGAUAUAGUUUACAAGCUUCAGCUGGCUCUGCUGUGUUUUAAAAAAGUGGUGGAAUUGAAACAUUUUUUUAUUCCAAGGCAUUAGAGAUAGAUUACAUUAUGAGGCUAUCAAAUAUUCCUGAAUGUAUUAGAUUCCAUUCUUAACUGAUGUAUAUAUCCUGGAAGAGACUAGAUUUUUGUAAGAUUUCUUUUUUUAUUUCAUAGAUGCUGCAUUAUGAAAUGGUAGCAUUUCCCCUGAUGAAACAAAAUAUUCAUGUAAAUAUAUCUUACCUCUUGAUUAUGGACAAGUACUGCUAGACAAAAGGGGAAUAAAUAUUGCAAAACAAAGUAUGUUUUUUUUAAUGUAACUUAUAAGUCAGCUUUUUAAUCUGUGUCUAUUUUUGAUGGAAAAUAUUCUUUAUUGCAUGAGACAAAACAGGACACAAAUUUAUUCUAUUUAAAGCAUGCUUCAUAUACAAGACUCGUUAGACACAGCUGCAUAUUGUUGAUUGUUGAUGAGAAGUCUCACAAAUUCAGUUCAUACCUUUGCUUUCUCUCAUUGUGCUAUAUGAGAGAAAAUAAUUUUUAUCAUUUUCUUUUUAAUACUGGCUACAGUGAUGGUUUACUCGCUGUAUAUGUCAUACAUCAGGUUGGGAGGAAAUACAGUGCUAUGACUUUUCAGUAAUGUACAUACACAGCUAUAUUUAACUCUACAAGUGACAGUCAACACAAAACGUUAAGCAUUGCAAUCACUUUGUUACUCUUCAAAGAAAAUAAAUUUGUUACCUGCUGAGUUUGAACGCACAAAAAUGAUGUUUCCAUGAGAAUUCACUGCUGCUUCUUUACUAUUUAAAACAGGGAAGCGCUGCAUCUUUGAAUCUACUGUAUUAUAGGUUUUAAAUGAACGAUUAAUAUCAUCAUAAAUGUAUCAAAUUACAAUCAAAUUAUUUAAUGAAAAACUAUUUCAGACUUCAAGAAAAAAAAAAUUUCAUCCAGAACCAAAUAUUCUUAAGGAAUAUAAAUGCACUUUCAACCGAAAGGGCUUUUUCAAUAUUUUGUUUGCAUUUGUUGCAAAUUUAUCAAACAACAUCAUUAAAACAUUCCAGCAUGUGCUUUUAUAGAUAACACUCAAGAUAGUCUGUUUACAUUUCCAUACUUCUGUGUUUUAUUUAUUGUCUGAUUUGAAUUGCAAUCUAAUUAUAAGAGUUAUUACAUUCAAAGAAUUGAGUGCUGAUAUAAUCCAUUGGAAAAAGAAACAGAACUCAAGAGGAAUUAACAAGAAGAAAAAAAAAAGCAUCCAUUGAUACUUUGAAGAUUCAGGAAGAAUUAGGUAGUUUAGGAAACUAAAAUGUCAGUUCUACAUCUUUAGAUCGAGAGAUAGUCCCUUUAAACCUCAGUUUUUAGUGAAAUAAGUCUUAUAUGCCUGUCUUUUAAAUAUGAUUAGUUCUUCUUAUGAUUAUACAAAUUUUUGAAUUCCUACGUUUAGGCCAGGAAGAGGAAGAAAAAGGGAUAGACAUUGAGUGGGAGAGACACACACUUGAAUAGAAAUAGGGAACAGAAAUGAAAAUAACACACAGACAGCUGAAGUUACAGAUAGAUAUGUACAGACAUAUGGACAGACAAGUGUACAAACUCUUGGGACCAGACAGACAAACAGAUAGGACAUAAACUGGAGAAGCAAUGGAAAGAGGACAGAGACAGACAUACAGACAGACAAGUAAUGAAGAGACCAAAAGGCAUGGACAUUGAGACACAGACAGACAAAAACACACAGGUAAGUAAUCCUUUAAAUGGACAAAAAGACAGACAGUCAUUCAAGUAUUUGAAUAGACAGACAUGCUACAUAGAGGGCAAAGAGAGAUAUGGAUGAGCAAAAAAGGCACAGACAGAUAGGAGAUAGAGUUACAGACAUAGACAAACUGACAGACAGAUAGUAGCAGAUGUAGACUGACAGACAAACAAUUAGAAACAGACUAAUGGAUGAACAGACUAUUAGAAGCAGAAAGAGUACAAAUAAGUAAACACUUGGACUGACGGACAAGUCUACAAUCAUUUGGAUUGACAGAUAAGAUGAGUGGAAGGCAAAGAGAGGGAGAAAUGGAUAAUAAAUAAAACAAGAGACACAGAUGCAGGAAAGAAAUAGAGAUAAAGAUACAGACAAACUGACUGACUUGUAGACUGACAGACAUUGAGGAGCAGUCAGUAAACAAAUAUGUGAAUGAUGAGAAACGUAAGGACAGACAUUCCUACAAACAAGCAUUUUGACAGACAAGACGAACAGGAAAAGAGAGAGAGAGACAGAUAUAGAAAUGAAAUGCAUCAACAAACACAGACAGAUAUGAGCAAAAGUUACAUAAUCGGACUGACAGAUAGACAGACAACGAAACCAGACAAAUGAUGAGAAGCAGAUUAAAAGAAUGACUGGUAGAAGAUGAGAAACAGACAGAGACGCACACGAAUGGACAGACAUUUAUGUACAGAUGUAUACACUACAGAUAGCUUGACAAAUAUUCUGAUAGAUAUAGAAGACCACUAAACCGAAGAGAAAAAGAGAGAACAAAGGGAUGGAUAAACAAGAGGCAAAAUUGAGAUAACGACACAGUCGGAAUUGGACAAAACACUGACAGACAAAAGAUUGGAAGCAGACAAAGAGACACACAGAUGGACAGAUAUACGACUGGACCUUAAUUUUCAGACUUUUAAAUAUUGACAGGACCAAUUUUCUAUUUUAAAUGCUUAUAAUAGAGAAAUGGUGACUGAUGUACACAUUAACAAAGUUGACGUACCGGUACUGGGAAAUCUGGGAUUUUAAGAAUACUAGGGUAAAAUGUGUACCGGUAUGCAAAUAUGCAAAUAUUGUAAGAAAUAUAGAUUGGUUAGAUUGUACUGUUUACAAUACAUGUUGACUAUUGGAAAGGACAUAACCUUGUAGUUUGUACAAAUAUAGGAAUGAAAAAAUAUGGGGCCUAUAUUUCAUCAUAGUAAUUUUAGUAAUUCAUUUUGUUUGAACUAAAGUGUUUCAGGUCUGGCAAGUUGGACAUAACAGAAUUGGUCAUUUUGACCAUGUGUACAUCUUUAUUUUGCGAAAAUAAAACUUUAGUGAAUACAUCUGUGCUAUUUUACAUUUCUUACAUUGCCUAAAAACUGAGAAUUGUAUGGUAUUGGUCAUAUUUUCUAUGAUCUAAUUACAUACUUAAACCAAACCAAAACCUAAACCAAAACGAGGGUUUAACUAGAACUCUUUCAAUGACUACAGGCCUGUGGAUUUACUUUUGGACUAUCUGUAUAUUAGAAGUGGAGAAACCAUCUGUUAAGAGCAAGAAGGAUGUUAAAUUGAUGUAAACGUUGAUGAAUUAAUGCCCUUCUAGCACUCAACAGAUGUAAAUAGUGUUUAUUGUUAUUCUGCUUCAGCUGGACUGGGGUAUCUUUUUGA